UACCCUCUGGAGAUGGUGAUCCUUGUGGCCUUGCUCAUAGUCCUGGCCUUACCGUUGGUGCAGAGUAAGUACUGCGUUAGGGACUCCGAAGAGAAUAUCGACUGUCACAUGUGCGAGAUGGAGAACAGCUUUGACUGCUCGAAUUCAACCCAGUGUCCUCCGGAAAAAGGUUUCUGUUUGAUAGCUGUCGCCCGAGUAUUCGAACGUUUCUUCUAUGUGUCGAAGCAGUGCACCCGAGUAUGUUCAACCCCAGAAAUUCUGUUCCCCAGCAGUAAUCCUCAAGUGUCUGAGCCUAAGGAGUUUCUACUUGAAAAACCCACGCCCUUCUUAUAUUUAAGGUGCUGUAAAUGGGAUUUAUGUAAUGAUAAGGGGCCGCCCGCUGCCCUGUCGUUCAAGGAACAGUCUGGAAAAGCCAGUGAGAGAAGCCAUAGAUACACUGGGCUGUUAUUGCCUGGCUUCGUGGUCCUUACUGCUAGUGGCCUUUCAGCCCUCAGCCUGCUGUAA